GAUAACCAUCUCUUCUCCAACUACGGCAAUUUUCAAAAUUGAACUACCUCUGCUCUUGAGAACUGUACAAAAAGAUAACCUACAGCUUCAUAUCUAUAGAGAUACUUAAGCAUGUCUCGCCAUCAUCCAGAUCUCGUAAUGUGCAGAAAGCAGUCCGGUAUUGCUAUCGGACGUCUCUGCGAUAAAUGCGAUGGAAAGUGCCCUGUAUGCGAUUCCUACGUUCGUCCCACAACUCUCGUACGCAUCUGCGAAGAGUGUAGUUUCGGAAACUAUCAAAACAAAUGUGUCGUGUGUGGAGGUGAAGGCAUUUCAGACGCUUUCUAUUGCUUCGAGUGUACAAGAUUGGAGAAAGACCGCGAUGGAUGUCCGAAGAUUAUCAAUCUGGGUAGUAGUAGGACGGAUCUAUUCUAUCAAAAAAAGAAUUUUCGGAAUCAUUAG